CCUCGCUCGCCAUAGUGACUGUAGUCGUGGAGAUAGUUACUUACCAACGGGAGCAACACUCAGCAACAGCAGCAGCAACAACUGGAGAAGAGAGAGAGAGGGAAAAGAACAGCAAAGCCAGUGCAGAUCUUAGCAAGAAGGCUGAGGAGAAACCAUGCAGCGGUCAGAGGGUGGCUCAGAGUCAGCGUCCACUGUGGCACUGAGAACGUCCACUUCAGCCCAGGCGCCAGUGGUGCAGCCUGUUCCCGCCUCACAACAGCGCGUUUUAGUUCAGGCCACCGGUUCUUCCCAGAAGGGAGCUCAGGUGCAGCAGUUGCCAGUGCCUAGAGUGCAACAGGUCCCUCAGCAGGUCCAACAGGUUCAGCAUGUGUACCAGUCCCAGGUGCAGUAUGUGGAGGGAGGAGAAGCGGUCUACCCCAAUGGCACAAUUCGAACUGCAUACUCGUAUAACCCAGAGUCCCAGCUGUACGGACAGGGCAGUGGAGGCACCUAUUUCGACUCUCAAGCUGGGGGGACUCAGGUCACCACCGUUGUCUCCUCUGCAGGCGGAGUGCCAACCCACAGCAUGGUGGGCAUCGCCAUGGACGUGGGCAGUAGUCAGAUCAUUUCCAGCGGCAGUGCGUACCUGAUCCACAGUGGGAUGGAGAGUGGCCGUCACCUUUCUUCUCACUCCCCCCGUUCCUCAUCUGCAAUGCUUGAAAUGGCGAUUGAAAACCUCCAAAAGUCAGAGGGGAUUGCAACUCACAAAAGCAGCCUGCUCAACAGCCAUUUGCAGUGGCUGCUUGAUAAUUAUGAGACGGCUGAAGGAGUUAGUCUGCCACGCAGCUCUCUGUAUAACCACUACCUGAGACACUGUCAAGAACAGAAACUGGAUCCGGUCAAUGCUGCCUCCUUCGGCAAACUCAUACGCUCAGUUUUCAUGGGCCUUCGCACACGCAGACUUGGCACCAGGGGGAACUCAAAAUACCAUUAUUAUGGCAUUCGUCUGAAGCCUGACUCACCUCUCAAUCGCCUUCAGGAAGACACUCAGUACAUGGCAAUGAGACAACAACCUGUCCAUCAGAAACAGAGGUUCAAGCCUUUCCACAAGGUAGAGGGGAUGGGGGACCAUCUGACCAGCCCUCAGCAUUCCUCCACCACACCUGAGCAAAGUGUGGCGGCCCAGAGCCAGCAUCACCAGCAGUACAUCAAUGUGUCCCACACCCUGCCCCCCUUUCCUUCUCCUGAUCUCGGCUCGUGUCCUCUGCCUGAGCCAAUCAGCAUGAACGAUGUGAAAAAACUGCAGAGCAACUACAGGAUCCACUGUGAGGCAACUCUGGAUGUAGUGAUGAACUUACAAUUCCAUCUCAUAGAGAAUCUAUGGCAGACCUUUUGGUAUUCAACAGCGCCAUCUAGUGACGGAGCCACUACCAUUACUAACAGUGAUGAAGAUGUGGAGGAGAUCAGAGGUAUCCCCAGAGAGAAGCUGAUCGCUCUGUGUAAAUAUGAACCAAUCAAACAGUGGAUGAGGAGCUGUGAUCACAUCCUGUACCAGGCACUGGUGGAAAUACUUAUCCCUGAUGUACUGCGACCUGUUCCCAGCACCCUCACUCAAGCUAUCAGAAACUUCGCUAAGAGUCUAGAGGGGUGGCUGACCUCAGCCAUGAGUGAUUUCUCACAGGAGAUUGUCCGAACUAAGGCUGCAGUAGUGAGUGCGUUUGCGCAGACCCUGCGCAGGUACACCUCUCUGAAUCACCUUGCUCAGGCUGCACGUGCCGUCCUGCAGAAUACCUCCCAGAUCAACCAGAUGCUCAGUGACCUCAACAGAGUGGACUUCGCUAAUGUUCAGGAGCAGGCGUCCUGGGUGUGUCAGUGUGACGAGAGUGUGGUCCAGCAUUUGGAGCAGGAUUUUAAGGUGACCCUGCAGCAGCAGAGCUCUCUGGAUCAGUGGGCCGCUUGGCUGGAAAACGUCGUCAACCAGGUGCUGAAACCGUAUGAAGGCAGCCCCAGCUUUCCCCGUGCCGCUCGACAGUUCCUCCUCAAGUGGUCCUUUUACAGCUCCAUGGUGAUCAGAGAUCUGACUCUGCGCUCGGCUGCAAGCUUUGGCUCCUUCCACCUUAUCCGUCUGCUCUAUGAUGAAUACAUGUUCUAUUUGGUAGAACACCGUGUCGCCCUGGCAACCGGAGAGACACCCAUUGCUGUCAUGGGGGAGUUCAGUGACUUCAGUUUAAUGAUGCCAUCACUCAUGGAGAAAGAUGCCUCGUUCUCAGAUGAUCUGGCCAGUGAUGGAGAUAUGUCGAGGAGCAUGAGUGACAGAGACAUGAGUGAGCCGGCCGUGAAGCGAGAGAGAAUUGAGAUCAAUCACUCCCUGCAGGAGAUCUAAGAGCAGGGAUCACCGUGUCAGUCUCUCCCCAGACCACAGCAGUCUCAGCCACACCACUCCUCCUCUGCUCCCGUGUGUGGGGAUGCGUCUACAUCUGUGUUUAUUAACUGUGUGUAUUAACUGAUGAAAGGCUGCUGAUGGCAAAGCCAAGGCUUAUUGUGAGGUUUUUACUUUAUCUUGAGGGUACAUAGGUGUGUUUAGGGUCAGUUUGUCUUUCUGCUCUCUCCCCUUUACGCUGCAAAAAAAUCAUUUUCAUGCUCUAAUAAUAUGAAUUCAUACAUUCAUAUAAUUUUUGUCUUGUUUUCCAGUAAAAACAAUCGAAAUAUCCUUUAAAACAAGAUACAUUUACUUAAGACUUGUUUUUAGAGCAUAUAUCUUGAAUUAAUUUAAUUAAAAUAUAUAUUAUUUUCUAUAUAUAAAUAUAUAAUUAUUUAAAUUGUGCAUCUUGUAUUAUUAAUGUUUUUUUUUUCUUCUUGUUUUAAGAAAUCUAACACAUUUUAAUUACAAGAAAUGAGCUAAGAAAAAAACUCGAAUUUAAUUCAAGAUGUAUUCUCUGAAAAAAGAUUUUUUUUAACUGUAGGUUUUCUGCGACUGUGAAACAAGAAUGUGCUGGUUUCGUGCAUAUGGUGGAUUUUAUGUGUGCUUUUAUUUUGAUGUGCCAUAGUCUUUCAGUGCCUUAGAUGAGAAAAGAAACACUAGAGCAGAAUUGUCUCUCUCUUUCUGUCUUUCGUUCCUCGGCCGUGCCUCUAACCGCAGAAUGAAUGUAUCGUUUUAGGACCUCAGAUGUCUAAAGCACCUUUUAAAGAUAGUCACAUUUUUAGUAGUGCCGUUGAAGACCGUCUGCUUUGCUGUUUUUUGCGGUUCCUCAGGCGUAAAUGCAACUAGCUGACCUAAAGCUGCCCGUGCAACUGCACCGCAGCGGUGACCAAAACCCGCUGCACAUGCAAAAUCUCUCCAAAUGGAGGAUUAAUUCUCAAUUCUUGCCGUUUUGUUGAUAAACCUCAGGCCAUAUAAGAUGACUAGUCAAUACCUCAAUAGUUUUUCAUCCUCAUUAUCUAACUUGACUAUUGUUUAUAAAAUGUCACCAAGAGAUCAUUCAAACCAGUUCGUUCUGAUUGAUUGCCCAAAACCCAUCCCAUUCUCUUUUGAAAGUUCCAGGAUGUACAUAUGCCUACUGUGUUGGUGGUUAGUACGCAGGUUAAUUAGCUCUAAGAAACCCAAGUACAAGAGUUCCCAUCUGCAAAUCUCAAAUAUGUUUCGUGAAACAAUUAGUCUGUUUUGUAGUUUGUAGUCAAAGAGUUCUUAGUAGUUUGCAGUGCUUGAAAAGAGUCAAGAUGAUUUGUGAAUAUAUUGCAAGUACCUGUGUGCGCAAAUGUGUGUACCCAAGGCCGCCUGAAGAAAUUGGAAGUGAGCUGCACUCACAAGUUUGUGAAUCAUUUGUGUAAUUUUAAUUAAACAAAAAUGUAUGUACCUGAGAUUUUUUUGUUUUUACAUAGCUUGUAUCCUUUUUCAUAUAAAGAUUAAAAACGACUUCCCUUGCCUUUGCAUAACAGAUUUAAUUAGAUAUUGUGUAAAUGUAAUUGCAAAAAGAGAUAAAAAUGAAUGUUUUUAUAAGUGAAAUGUUCUAAUUCUAUAAAACGUUGCAUCUCCGUAAGCUGUUUCUAGAAGAUCCAAAAGAGACUGGGCCAGUUAGCGUAUAUGGAGACACCAACAGAUACGCCUCAUCAAUUGGUGCUGUACAUCUGAUGUAAGAUCUAUUGAUCCAUUUACACACUUUUAUGCCCAACAGAUUGACAUGAAGCUGGAAACAUUUUCAGGAGAUAACAUUUUGUUUUCAUGAAAUUGUUAUUUUAACAAUGUUACACAGAACCAGGUUGGGAUCUUUACUGGUGCUUGGUAGCUGCCCUUUAUGGGCUCUACACGCCACUCUCUGAAAAAUGAUUUCUACUUGCUGUUUUGUGUUUGUUUCCAAGAAGUGAUUGGCUGAUGUUUUCUCACUGUGGUUGGUUGUGUGUCCGUCCGGCUUUGUGUUUGAAUGCCUGGCACGGUACUUUUGCCUUUUGUGUGCUUGGGGAAGGGAAUUUACUCUAUCAUUUGUAUUGUUUUUUUUUUUAUUUUGUUUUUUUUUUAUGCUGUUUUAAAGCUUCUGGCUGAUAAUUUUUAUGGAGGUAGAUGCAAUUGUCUCACUACUAUAUUGAUACCUUAUUUUUGUGUCUUAAAUGUGUUCUUUAUCUAGCCUAAGAACAGACUACAACCUGUAACAAUUGCUUAGUUCGACUGUAUUUUGUACUGGUAAAAAGUGUAAUAAACUUGUGUA